AUGUGCACCUCAUCUGAGUCAGUGCCCAAGAGCGCUGUAUAUGAGACAGAAGCGGCUGCGUGGCUGGAUAACAUCAGCUUCUGCAGCGGCUUCUGUCAGUGGAUCGACGAAGAGUUGAGCGUCGAUUCACUGCCAGCUGAGUCCCAGCAGCCUGUGCAGUCAACAAGCGCUUCACAAGCAGAAGCAGAAGCAGAAGCAGAAGCAGAAGCAGUGAGUGCACAGCCUUCUGCUGAGAAAAGCCCAACAGAUACUGUAUGUGGUCUAAUACUUUCCUCUUUGGUUUUCUUCAAUGAAGAAGUUCCAUCUCGAGGCAACAGGAGAAGCAGAAUCCAUGCCUUCUUCAAGAGAGCAUGGAAGGCUGUUAAGAAGCCGUUCCUCCGUUGCAGACGGACAAGAGUGGAGUCCAGUCCUGAAACAGCAUCUGUCCCGGGACCGUCUGGGCUCCAGAACGUGCCUGACACCGAGCCGGCAUCUGCCUCAGGUCUUCCCAAUUGGGAGCCAAUGACCGAACCUAUGUACAGUUUAUACACACUGCAGGGAUUGAUUGGAAACGGAAGUUUCGGCAAGGUGUUCAAGGCAAUACGGAAAUCUGACGGCCAAGAGGUAACACGCUUUCACUGAACAUUAUCCUCAUGUCCACUCCAUCCAAAUGCAUGUUUAAAAUAAAAUACAUACUGAAGAAUCUGAGAACAAUAAAUAAUAAUUCUGUCUUUCAUCUCUUUGCAGGUUGCCAUUAAAGGACUGUGCAAAUUCAACAACAGGCGUUAUCUUAAAAUUGUAAGUUGGCAAAGAUGAAAGAAUC